GUGCUGUUUUCUCAUAUCCCUACCUCGCGGAUGUACGCAGAAGCGUACUCACUGUCCUCUGUUCUGGCGUCGUCCGGUGGCGACGCGGUUACUGCCAGUUCACCCAUGAAGUUCUCUUACAUUGGCCAGCUCAGUGAUGUCUUUGACUGGCUGAAUAACUCGCUUGUGCCAUCCGUAUUCGUGACCCAAGACCAGAAUGGCUUCGAUUUGGAUUCAAAAGAUUUUGCUCGCGUAGGUCUUUUCAACAAAGGGCUGGGCGGAGUGAUUAUUGAGGUCUACCGGCGGACCGAGUCGGACUGUGCUCCGAACACCUACCUGUACGACCUGUACGAGACGUGUCAUCAAGGCUCGAUUACUCGUUUUUCGUACAUUCUCUUCUUUAGCCUCGAUGCGACCGAGGCAUCGCAAGCACUAGAUGAGUGGAAAAGUGAGGACAACUGGAUCAACAACGCGACUGACAGAGCGGUGAUUUCAGUGCUGACGUACAAUGGGGAGCUCGAGGGAUACGUGGUUACCGAGUUAACGCUGACGCUUGACCAAGGUGGUUUUGUCACACCCACUUCAUUGGUAAGACCAACCAUUUCGAUUCCUUACGGCAGUUCAAGUUCCUAUGCAAGUGAUGUUCUCUGGCGAAAGAAGGCCAAUCGUCCUUCUGGGCGCGAGAUGGUCUUGCGCUUGUUCAGCUUAUUCAGCGUCGAAGUCGUCCUCUCGGUGUUUUACGUACUGUGGGGUACUAUCGUGGGUCUGCUGAACGACCCAGAUUUCCAAGACGCCAUUCACAACUACGCGGAUCCGUUCAAGGCUGAUGAUGUUGGGGAAACUGAAGGUAUCAACGCGCUUCUGGACGUCAUGGGUGACCUUAAGACGAUCGCCCAUUACACCGCAGCUCUUCGUGCAGUUGGCGCAGUCGUCACCGCGCUGCUCUGCCUCCAGAUUCUCAACCGAUUCCGAUUCCAUCCGCAGCUCAACAUCCUCACUCGCACCGUUGCCAGCGCUCUAAAGCAAUUUGGCGCCUUCUUCGUGGUGUUUAUCGUUAUUUUCAUGGGGUUCGCAAUUAUCGGAUCGAUGAUCUUUGGUGAUCAAGCAAAGGAAUUCUCGUCACUAACCAAUUCAAUGAGGUCCUGCAUUAAUAUCAUUUUCGGCCAGUUCGACUUGGACUGCAUCGAAGAUAUUCCGUUCUCAGUUGUCUUCUUCUGGGGCUACAUGAUCGUCGUCGGCAUUGUGCUGCUGAACUUGAUGCUCGCAAUCGUGUUGGACGCCUACGACCAAGUGAGUAAGGAAAGCUACAAAAAGGCGUCCAACCUCAAGCUCGCGAAUCGUGUCAUAUCUAUUUGUUAUGAUGUG